GCGGGUUUGGCGCGGUGACCGCAGCCACUCGGCUAUCUGUACAGUACAGUAUAAUUGCACUGUAUAUGUGUAUAUCACUGAACUCCUUCGAUACUGUGUGGCUGAUUGAAUUAGAUCCACAAAAAAAAAACAGUGGAAAAUUACGUUAUUUUUAAAUAAAAUAUGUAGUCAUCAUUAUAAUAGUCGUAUUUAGUUAUUGUUGUUAUACUUUGUUUCAUAUCCUUAUCGCUUGAAAUAUUAUGCAGGGCACCGUAUGUCGGGUCCACUAUUAAAGACUACAAUUAAAAUAAAAAAUAAUAAUGAGAAGACUUAAAGCCUUCUUACAAUUCUAGACAGCCUCUCAUUUAAGCCUCAAGGCUGUAUACUAUCACGCUAUCCUCAAAAGGAGCCGAACAGUAAUGAGACAUGUUAUUAAAACGCGAAGAAAUUAUCAAAUGUGUGCGUACCCUGCGUCAAUUAUAGUUAAUAUUACUCUAAGGUCAAUAAGGUUGUUGCACCUACGAUUGAAUCACUAUAUCAAUAUCUAUGGAAAUACAUUUGUUUUAAAAGCAGUUUUUUUUCUGAGGUGUUUUAUGCAAUGGUUUUAAUCCUUAUUUAAAUAAUUAUAUAAUAUAUAAUUAUAAUUACACAUUUUGAACAAAGUUGUCCUUUUCAUAGUUUAAUUUCAGGAAAUAUCUAAAGAGAUAUUACUGUUUUAACACGUAUAACUCUGCAACAAAAUUAUUAUUAUUGUUGCGGUGUAGCCGGUUGAUUGAUUUUCAGGAAGGGUUCCACAAACAUUCAAGUCACAUGCACAAAGACACCUAGACUCAGAACAAGCAUUCAUGGUUGGUUGGUGAGUUGUAAGGGGGAUAAGUGGGUUAGUAAAAGUUUAUAUAAAACUUUUUGAUUGUAAGUGGAAAAAGAGGAGCGGUUCAAUCCCCGCGUAGGAUCCAUUUUAUCCCAGCAUUCCCACGGAAACGGGAACCACUGCGUGCUGUAAACUGAAGUCGACGCGGACGGAGUCGCAGACAACAGCUAGUGGUAACAUAGUUAAGUCUCUAGUACCAUGAAAUUAUACAAAACGAUGAGUGUUUCAAACUUGAUUGCUCUCAACUAAAAUUAAGAAAAAAAUACAUAACGUUCCAACACGAUCAACCUAACCAGUUCAUGUAACCUACUCAUAAUUCGGUGAAAACGUUAGUCGCCUAAAAUAUGAUGUAAUGUCUACCAGAUGCCGUUGUUCACCGUCGUCUAAGCAGACAGUCAAGAUUUGGACUUCGAUUAUAAUAGAACUGUGUUUCAAAAAAUUGUUUUAAGAUAACAUUUAAAUAAUCGGUGCUUAUUUCGUGUACACUCGAGACUAAUUUGUUUAGAAAACCGUGACGAAUGGCGAUUUCUUUCUAGCGUUAUAACACGGCCUUUAUAUAGUCGCUUAGCCUUGGUCACCAUCAUUCGUGAUAGUAACUCAGCACGACAGCGUAAGAAACAAAAAUGAAAGCCUUUAUUCUGUUCUGUUUCUUCACUGUAGUCACGUGUCAAGCCGACCACAACAACUUGGAACAAGAACAUCGGCGUCUUCACGAUCAUUACCACCAACAGUACCAAUAUGUAGACGUACCCAAAAUCGGCAGAGAAGGGGACCCAGAUGUAUCCCAAUCACAAGUCCAGCGUAGAUUCUUCCCGGCUUACCCGGCUUACGGGGUCGGAGGUGGUGGGUACGCAGGAGUUGGGGCGGGGGCUGGGGUUGGGGUUGGUAUCAACGCCGGUCUCUCUGCUGGCCUCUCCGCCGGCAUCUCAGCUGGAGCUGGUGCUAAUGCCUACGGCGGCUUCGGCGGUUAUGGGGGCUACGGCUACCCUGGCUAUAUGUACGGCAAAAAGUAAAAGUCCUGGCACUUUUUUUAAAACAACUUGAUAAAUGUCUACUUGAGAAAUUUGUCAAUCUAAGUUUUAAAAGAUAAUGUAGGUACAUUUAUUUUCGUGAUCACCAGGCUUUUAAUAAGGAUAUUUGUUAUUUUGUACAUUGUGGUAUACGAGGUGAUAGUCACAUCUUAUAAAACUGUAACUAGGCAAGAUAACUGGUAAAUAAAUUCAAUUUUGAAAUU